ACAGUUAACUUUUUGCUUAUGGUGUCUGCAAUGGAAGUUAAUGCUCAGAAUCUUCGUGGGAUGACAGCAAUGGAUGUUCUGAUUCAUAGUCGAAGAGAUGUGAGGGAUGAUGAAAUUGAAGAAACUUUGAAACGUGUUGGAGCCUUUGGAUCAACGGAAAAAAAUUCAUUAGUCCAAAUUAAUCGUAAUAAAAGUAGUCCAUGCUUGAAUUUGUCCUUUGAUCACUUUGAUUUUUCCUCAAAUGUGAAGGAGAACCGUAGGAAAAAGAUGUUUAAACAGAAAGGCGAUUGGUUGGAGAAAAAACGAAGUGCAUUAAUGGUGGUGCCUUCUUUAAUUGCAACCAUGGCAUUUCAAGUCGGAGUCAAGCCUCCAAGCGGACUAUUGCAAGUUAAUGAAACUGUUAACUCACAAAGUAAUCUUGCAUUAAUAUCUCAAUUUUACAAGGUAUUAGAAUUUAUUUUCGUCCAUAAUCAUCAGAAAUUAUAUGGACCAUUCUUGAUUGCUAAUACAACAGCACUCAUCGCGUCACUCAGUAUCAUAUUAUUGUUGAUGAGUGGUUUACCAUUAAAGAGGAGAAUAGUUAUGGGGAUUUUGAUGGUGAUCACUUGGAUUGCAAUUACAGCAGUUGCAUUGAUUUAUCUCAUAUCAAUAAUUGUAGUAACACCAGAGGAAGAAAGACAAACACAAUCAUCUGUUCUUGCAGUUGGGUUUGCAGUUGUUACAUGGGUUGGCCUCAUUGUUCUCCUACUGAUUGGACACAUGAUUCGGUUGAUAAUCAAGAUGAUUAGGUUGAUAAUCAAGAUG